AAGCGGAAAGCUCAGCCUUUCGCUUCAGAUCGGCAAAGCUCCGACCGCUGCGCGCACCAGACGACCAGGACCAGAACCUGCUCCCAGCUAUGACCCUGCUGCUGCUGCUGCCUUCUCCUGGAUUAACUCUCAGCUAACUUUCGCACCUCGGUCGUACCCCACUCAACCAGAGCGCCGCUCCGCUGUGUCCAGCAGCCUCCUCGGCGGGUCUCCGGGUACCUGCUGCCCCACUCCACCCUCCAACUCUCAGCUGUUCUCCUGCAGUCAUGGGGUACGUUGCUUCCUUUUUGCCUGGUCAGCUGAGGGGCUUGACCGCGCUGUGAGGGGAACACCAGGUGGAUUCAUGGUCGUGAGAGCUGAAGCCAUCACUCGAGGGAAUUAGUGGAAGUUUGAGCUCCGGGAGGAUGCAGGUGACGUCUUGGUGCGCCGUGUUCCUCCUGACGCCUGCUCUCUGCCUGAUUACAAGUGUCCAAGCCUCAAGGUCAGACAUUGUAAAGACAGGACACCCCAAGUCCAUGCCAAAGCAUAUAUGGACAGAAAAUGGGAAGGAAAUGUCCAUCAGCAGGCUCUUGUCACAGACUCUACAUGGCAACAAGAACAGUACUGCGUUGGACCUUCACUAUAAUACCCCUGAGCCCUACUCAGAUCAAGACCUAUGGGAUUGGCUGAGAAACUCCACAGACCUGCAGGACUCGAGGCCUCGAGCUAAACGGCGGCCCAUGGUUAAGACAGGAAAGUUCAAGAAGAUGUUUGGCUGGGGGGAUUUCCAUUCCAACAUAAAGACAGUGAAACUCAACCUUCUUAUUACUGGGAAAAUUGUGGAUCAUGGCAAUGGUACCUUCAGUGUGUACUUCCGCCACAACUCAACUGGCCAGGGUAACGUAUCGGUCAGCUUGGUCCCUCCAACAAAGAUAGUGGAGUUUGAUGUGGCAGCACAGCAGUCGGUCAUUGAUGCAAAGGACUCUAAGUCUUUCAACUGCCGAAUAGAAUACGAGAAGGUGGAAAAGGGUGCAAAGAAUACGCUCUGCAAUUUCGAUCCAUCUAAGACCUGCUACCAGGAGCAAACCCAGAGCCAUGUUUCCUGGCUCUGCUCCAAACCUUUCAAAGUUAUCUGCAUCUUCAUUUCCUUCUACAGCACUGACUACAAACUGGUGCAGAAGGUGUGCCCAGAUUACAACUACCACAGUGACACUCCUUACUUCCCCUCUGGCUGACAUUCUCAAAUGCAACACAGGCAAUUCAAUAGAUGAUUGGAACAAAAACUGGGGACUCUUCCCAUUCCAGAGAAAUCUGUAUGUUCGCCAUAACGCCCCUCAAUAUGUCUGCACCAUUUAGUAUAAUUUUGUUUUUCUUCAUUUAUUAUUAAAAUUGUUUAGAAGGAGCAUAUCAUUUGAAAAUGUCAAACCUAGAUAUGUAGAACUGUAAUAUGCUUAAAAUGUACCUGGAAAAACUGUGUGAAAACUGAUUGUUUGCUGUUAGAAUUUCCCCUUUGAAUUAUGUUAUGUAUCUCCCCAGCCUGGGUUAUAGUGGAGAAGCUUAUUGGUCCAGUUGGGGCUGUAAUUGUCACUGUUAAACUUUAUCCUACUUGUUCACUAUGUUUAUUUAUUAACCCCAGAUCAUCAUAUUUUCAUAUUGUUUUUUUUUUUUUCACUUUUCAGUCACAAUGGAUUAACUCUCUGGCCAGCAGCAUCUGAAAUUAUUGCCUCUGCAGUGCACUUUUAAGCUCCUCUUUGUUCUUACAUAACUGGAAAGCAAAUUUAAUUAAGUCAUUCUGAAACAAUAAAGGAUACUCUACAGUUGAUAUAACAGAAGCUGCAAAACAGUUGAUGGCAAAUUAAAUGUGAGUUUGGUGAUUUUAGAAAUGUAAGAUGCUCUUUCCUGCCAUCAGGGUGAACUGGGACUGAGUGAACCCCUUCACUCGAGUCCAGUUGAAUUGUAUACUACUAAUGUCAAUCCUCAGUUGUCCUCAGUAUGCUUUUGAGUGAAGCCAGGAUGUUGUGUUUGGUGGAUGACUGGCUGACUUACUGAAUGUUGUCAUUGACUGACUGAAUGAUCAUUCAUGAAAGGGAUGGAUGGUGGGUGGAGCUUCCUCAGUCUGAAUUAGUAUAUCAACUGUAAUGUACUAAAAUCUAUAUCUUAGAGUCUAAUUUGUAUGAAUGAUUUGUACUGUACAUAGUUUAUCCAAAUUCUGCUGCUUCUGUACACGUCCCCACAUGAGCUGUGUGUUUACCCCUUCCUGCUCUUGUUCACCCCAUUAUAAUGCUUGUUCUUGAUUCCUCUAUCAGAUACAAUGAUGUUGAUGCCCUAGAUGUGAGUUUCAUGAAAACAACAAUUCUGUACACAAGUUGUAAAACUGACUAAAUAUAAUAAAACUAUUCUCAGAAUUA